AUGAUGAUCAACAUCGCCACCAUACUCGGAAAUACGGCGGUUAUGUUGGCGUUAUCCAGAGCAAGACGAGCGCCUUCACACUAUCCCUUAGCGAGUUUGGUGUUGGCUGAUUUGUUGGUUGGUUUAUUGGUCCAACCAUUGGCUGCUAUGAGAGAAUUGUUUGUGUUUAAAUUGAAUCAUACAAUAUGUUCGUGUUGGAGCACCAUGGACGUAUUAUGUUGUACUGCGUCUAUUCUGUCUCUCUGUGCCUUGGGAUGGGAGCGAUGGCAUGGCAUUACAGCACCACUAUCGAGAGCACGCAGAGGAAGGAGAGCCAGAAGACUUGCGGUUCUAGUGUGGCCUGUGGCUACGUUAGUUGCUUUGCCUAACGCCUUCAUACCCUCUCCGAGACAUUUUCAUCCAGGAGAAUUGGAAAAAGCGUGCACUGUUAAUAUUAAUACUGGAUACGUUUUCUUCAGUAUUACAUUGUCGUUCUACUUACCUGCGUGCAUACUGGUGACAUUAUAUGGAUUCAUUUUGCGCGCACUUUCCGCUCCGCCGUCCAUACGCGCACACCGCGGACGAUCUCCUUACCAUGAACCUCGGGGCCAUGAUUUAAAUAAUCUACUAAACAAUAACGCGUUACAAAAAUCUGAAAUAACCUCUGCAAAUAAUCAUAAUGUUGCAAACUUUAUUCUUCGUCAACGUCGCGCUACUCGCACAAUAGUGAUGCUAAUGGCUCUCUUCCUUAUUUGUUGGACACCGUACUUCAUCAUUCUACCAUUGGAUUCCCUCUACGACUGCGUGUGGGAGGUCACCUGGCAGUGGUGCACGUGGCUAGGCUACAUGAACUCCGUUCUCAACCCGCUGGUAUACGCUGCUGCUUCGCCCAGUGUGAGACGUGCCCUACAUUCAUCGCUCACUAGUUCUAGUUCGAGAAACGUCGACGUGCCUUUGACGCCACGAGUGAGGAGAAGUUAA